ACAUUAGGGGUUAAUUUGUGAUUUAGCUGAAGAACUCAAGAAAUAACUAACCAUAAUAUACAUAAUUAGGAACUAGGAAGUAAGAAGAAGUACACGGAGACGCAAAAGUAGAGAGUAGAAUGGCUGAAGUGAAAAGCACUUCUAGUUAAAAGCACUUAUAAUACAGUAAUACACAGAAGCAGAAGCAGAAGCAGAAGCACAGGCAGAAGUUACAAACACUGCUUUGAGCUUUGUGUAUAUUUUGUAUUGUAUGUACAACAAAACAUUAUUGUCUUUGUUUUCUUCUCCACACAUAAAAAGAGAGAAACAGAACCCAACAAAACUUCUUUUAAUUAUGGAUUAUAAUCUAUCUCAAGAUCUUCUUCUCUCUAGAAAUCUCAGCUCCAUAUUUCCUCACUUCUUCUGCGUCAGUUUCCGGCAGCUGACGUCUGCUUCACGCCUCCUGCGUCACACUCCGGCUUUCUGAUCUGGGUUCUUCUUUUCAAGAGCGAGAGGACGGAGGUCCACCGGAACCGCAACGAGUUGGCGGAGGACGCGGAUGAGGGAAGCCGGAGGAGAGAAGACAACAUGGUGGAGAUCCAAGAAAGCUUGCAGAAGAAGCGACGAGAAGGCCUUCAGAAAAUUCAUGCUUCUGCUGUCGAGAAGAAGUUGGAACAUCUACCAGCUAUGGUAGCUGGUGUUUGGACAGAUGAUGGUAAUCUACAGCUUGAGGCAACAACUCAGUUCCGGAAAUUGCUGUCAAUUGAACGCAGCCCUCCUAUUGAGGAAGUUAUACAAGCUGGUGUUGUUCCUCGUUUUGUUGAGUUUCUUACGAGGGAGGACUUUCCACAACUCCAGGUUACAAGAGUAUUCCGUGGAGACAGCCAUAGCCAUAAUUGCUGAUGGAAGUGCCAUCUUAAAGAUCGACACCCAGCACCUGAGGGACCUUAGUUUUCGAGUUGGGUCCAUCUAUCAGUUUAUUGGUGAACUCCAUAUUCAGCUUGACAAUGAGGCAAUCUUGCAGGCACGAGUAGGUAGGAAUGUUGAUGGCCUUGACCUGAACCUGUAUCAUCAGUCAUUGCAGCUACUGAGACAGUUUCAAGCUGAGCGGUACAACAACUUAAUGCAGUUAUAAAAUUAAACAGGCUCACUCAGAGGGAAAGGUACCAAAGUAACUUCGUACCUACAUGUAGACGUGUUGAAAAUGGAUGAUUUUUUUUUCCUUUUUUAAUUCUUUCAGUAUUUAACUGUUGGAUCUCUACUACGAAUACUUAAUUCAUCGUUGAUAUCUAUUAAAUGUCCAUCAAAAUAUACGCUGUUAUAAUUUCUGAUUUCCUCUGGAGCAUAGAAACUGGGUAAUCUGUUCAUUUAUGACAGAUUCCCACCUUUAAGAUUGAA